GAGGGGGGUAGGAAGAUGGGGUGGAGCGGACCAUUCGGGUCGCCGGGAGCCAUGUUGGUGUUGAAUGAAGGGAGGGUGGAGGAGAUGCUGCGCCCGGAGAGUCCGCCUGUGAGCGCCGAGUAGAUGGUCGCAGCCGCGGCCGGGAGAACGUCAGGAGGAGCGGGGGAGGGCCGUGCCCAGUGAGGGGGGCAGCGCCGUUGCCAGCAGACAAGGAGGGGAAGACUAUGGCUGCUCAGCUGCCGGGGACCAGCCUGCCUCGCCGCUGCCUCCUCCCGCUGCUCGUCCUCCUCAGCAUCCCUUUGUUCACUUCCAGCCGGGGGAAGGAUGCAGGCAGCCGGCAGCGCACUGAUCACCGUCCCCCGGCCCUUGCUCCCUCCCUGUGCAUUGUGUAUGAGGGGGCUUCCCUUCCAAGGCUGCAGGGGGCUCAGGAAGACCACCAUCCCCAGGCCAGGGGCCACCACAGCCAGUACGGGGCCCCCUGGCACCUCAGCCUGUGCCGGAGACCGAUGACCCAACGGCGGCCCUCGGCGGACGACCCCGGACCGACCCGACGAGCGUCCGGUGACCCCUCCAGAACCGAGGGCCAGCCCGAAGAGCCACCGGGGGGCCAGUACGGGGCCCCCUGCCACCUCACCCUGUGCCGGAGACCGAUGACCCAACGAUGGCCCUCAGCAGAGAUCCCUGGACUGACCCAGCGGGCACCCGGUGCCUCCUACAGAACCAAGGGCCACCCUGAAGGGUCACCGAGGGGCCACAACGAAGGAGGAGCCCCCUUCCACUGUUGGAUUACAAAACCUCACGGUCCCGCCAUUGUAGGACCCCAUUGCCUUAAGAUUCACAGCCAAGACCUUGUUAUCCUGCAAUACUGCCAGCCAACGCGGGAACCCAGCGACCCGCCGAGCAAUAGGACCGCGUCCGAGGUGGGUUCUCUGCCAACCAACGGGACUGACGGCGCUCCCAGACUCAACAGCAGUGGCCUUUCCGUGGUGGACCACCAACUCGUCUUCCUCCGCCAUGUCCACCGGAUUGGGAGCGCCGGUUCUUCUACGGACGGCCAGGUCGCCCUCGGGGGGCCUCUAGUCGGCCAAAGGCGCCCAUGCGUCCUGCUGGCUCUAUGGCCCUUGAACGUAACCAGGGACUGUAACCGCACGGGAGGGAUCUUACCGGACCCUUCACACUUGAACCUGGGGAUUUGCAAACUCAACUGCCGGGACGGCGCCGAGACCUGUUCCAAGGACGUCGGCAGGUUCUGGUGCUGCAAGCUGACCCGGGGUCUGGGCAAAGGAGAGGAGCCUACGGGGGAGGGCACGUGGAGAGGAGAGGAGAUUUCAGCACCAGACCGACGGACAGCUCCUGCUGCUGCUUCUUCUUCUCCUCCUCGGCAGACCCCCCCAGUCCCUCCGCUUUCCCUUAAAGGACCCUGCUCUCGAAAUCUCUCCUUCAACUCAACCAAAGGUUGCCUGAAAACCAUUCUCUCAGCCUCCGCUCUGGAGGAGCUCAAAGCUAUUGAUCUUCAUACCGAGGAAGCGUUAGCACGUAGCAAAGCCAUGCAGCUGAACCCGCAGCCUCUCGCUCAUAGAUCACCCAGGCAGGGGGGCAGUGGGAGGGGUAGGGCAUCCCUUCCAUUAAUAAGGACACGCAGGGCAGCCAACCGGCAUCCCCACUUCCCCCAAUAUAAUCAUCAGGUUCAGGUGGCUGAAAAUCAGCCCCCGGGGACCCCCGUGAUAACCAUGACAGCGCAAGACCCUGAUACCGGGGAAGCGGGCAGGGUUGUGUACACCAUGGACGCCCUGAUGAAUAGCAAGUCUUUAGAGCUGUUCAGUAUAGACUCAGUGACAGGUUUGAUCUCCACCACAGAGAUUCUAGACAGGGAGAGCAUGGACCUGCACUACUUCAGGGUCACGGGCUACGACCACGGGAGCCCGCGGCUGUCCGCCACCACCAUGGUGUCCGUGACGGUCACCGAUAAAAACGACCACAGUCCCAUGUUCGAGCAGGGCGAGUACAGGGAGAGCAUCAGGGAGAACGUAGAGGAAGGGUACCCCAUCUUGCAGCUGAGGGCCACAGACAUCGACUCGCAGGCCAACGCCAACAUCAAGUACCGCUUCGUCAACGAGCAAGCGGCUCACUCGGUUUUCGAAAUCGACGCCAGGUCGGGUUUGAUCACCACCAGCGGGCUGGUAGACAGAGAGAAAAGGGAGAGGUACUCUUUGAUAGUGGAGGCCAGCGAUCAAGGGCAGGACCCGGGGCCUAGGUCAUCCACUGUCAAAGUUGAGGUCACCGUCCUCGACGAGAACGAUAACGUGCCGCAGUUCAGCGAAAAGCGUUACAUAGUGCAGGUGAGAGAAGACAUCAGGGCCCACACUGAGAUUAUAAGGGUGACCGCCACCGACUUUGAUAAGGACAGCAAUGCGGUGGUCCAUUACAACAUCAUUAGUGGUAACAGUAGAGGACAGUUCUCCAUCGAUAGCCUAAACGGUGCCAUACAGGUCGUAACCCCGUUGGACUUUGAAACGGAGAGAGAGUAUACGCUCAGAAUCCGCGCCCAAGACGCGGGACGCCCUCCGCUUUCAAACAACACCGGUAUGCUAAGUGUUCAGGUGGUAGACAUUAAUGACCACGCCCCCAUGUUUGUUAGCACCCCCUUUCAAGUCAGCGUGCUAGAAAACGUUCCUUUGGGUCACUCUGUUAUUCACAUUCAAGCCGUGGAUGCAGAUUACGGGGAAAACGCUCGCAUGGAAUAUAAAUUGACUGGCGUGCUACCUGCUACACCGUUUGUAAUCAACAGCGCCACCGGUUGGAUCACCGUAAGUGGCCCCCUAGACAGAGAGACUGUAGAACAUUAUCAGUUUGGAGUAGAAGCUCGAGAUCACGGGAACCCACCGCUGUCUGCGUCCGCAAGCGUCACCAUCACCAUCCUGGAUGUGAACGAUAACCGGCCAGAGUUCACCCAAAGGGAAUAUUUUAUACGGUUAAACGAAGACGCCAGCGUGGGGACCAGCGUGCUUGGCGUAACCGCCAUAGACAGGGACAUAAACAGCCCUAUCACCUAUCAGAUCACCGGAGGCAACACCCGCAACCGCUUCGCAAUUAGCACCCAGAGCGGGUCGGGGUUAAUCACUUUAUCGCUGCCGCUUGAUUACAAACAGGAAAGGCGAUACGUCCUGACGGUGACCGCCUCCGAUCGCAUCCUUCACGACAACUGCUACGUCCAUGUUAACAUCACCGACGCCAACACCAACAGGCCGGUCUUUCAAAGUGCGCACUACCCCGUCGAUAUUAACGAGGACCGGCCUGUCGGGAGCACCGUGGUGAUCAUAAGCGCCACGGACGACGACGUCGGGGAGAACGCAAGGAUCUCCUACUCCUUGGAAGACCAUAUCCCCCAGUUCCGAAUUAACCCCGAUAGCGGAGUUAUCACGCUCAACGCCCAACUGGACUACGAGGACCAAAUGACUUACACGCUGGCUGUUAUUGCAAAGGACAAUGGAAUCCCGCAAAAAUCCGACACUGCCUACGUGGAAAUUAUGGUGAAUGACGUCAACGACAACGCCCCCCAGUUUUUAAACUCGCAGUAUCAUGGGAUAGUCUCAGAGGAUGCUCCUCCUUUUACAAGCGUCCUACAAAUCUCUGCCACCGACCGCGAUUCUCACGCCAAUGGCAGGGUUCAAUACACAUUUCAAAAUGGCGAAGACGGAGACGGGGACUUUACAAUAGAACCGACCUCGGGUAUCAUCCGCACUGUACGCAAGUUGGACAGGGAAAGCGUCCCCUUCUAUGAGCUGACGGCUUACGCCGUGGACAGGGGCAUCCCCCCGCAGAGAAGCCCCGUCCGCGUCCAAGUCGCCAUUCAGGACGUCAACGACAACGCCCCAAUUUUUCCAGCCGACGAAUUUGAGGUCUACGUAAAGGAAAACAGCAUCGUCGGCUCGGUGGUCGGCCGAAUCAAAGCCACCGACCCGGACGAAGGCCCCAACGCCCAGAUAAUGUAUCAGAUCGUUGAGGGCAACAUUCCCGAAAUCUUUCAAAUGGAUUUCUUCUCCGGAGAGCUGACCGCCCUCAUCGACUUGGACUAUGAAACCAAGUCUGAGUACGUGAUCGUGGUACAGGCCACCUCGGCCCCUCUGGUUAGCAGGGCUACCGUUCACAUCAAGCUGAUCGAUCAAAACGACAACACCCCCGUCCUGAAGAACUUUCAGAUCCUCUUCAACAAUUACAUCUCCAACAGCUCCAACACUUUCCCCUCCGGCGCCAUUGGGAAAAUCCCGGCCUACGACCCCGACGUGUCAGACAGACUCUACUACACCUUCGAGCGUGGGAAUGAGCUAAAUUUGUUGAUCGUCAAUCACUCAAGCGGGGAGUUACGGCUUAGCCGCAAGCUAGACAACAACCGUCCUCUGAUGGCAUCGAUGCUGGUCACCGUCUCAGAUGGGAUCCAUAGUGUGACGGCUCAAUGUGUCCUUCGUGUUCUCAUAAUCACCGAGGACAUGUUAUCUAACAGCAUCACCGUCCGCCUGGAGAACAUGUCCCAAGAACGCUUUCUGUCCCCCCUCUUGACCAGCUUUUUGGAAGGAGUCGCCACUGUGUUGUCCACCCCAAAGGAAGACAUCUUCAUCUUCAACAUCCAGAACGACACGGAUGUAGAAGGAUCCAUCCUCAAUGUCAGCUUUUCCGCUCUUGUACCGCAGGGGGAUCGCUCCCAGUUCUUCAGCUCUGAGGACCUCCAGGAACAGCUCUACAUGAAAAGGAUGACGCUGACCUCUGCCUCCAUGCUGGAGGUCCUACCCUUCGAUGACAACGUCUGUCUUCGGGAACCUUGUGAAAAUUACAUGAAGUGUAUAUCUGUUCUAAAAUUUGACAGCUCGGCCCCUUUCAUUGCCUCCGAGUCCAUCCUUUUUCGCCCUAUUCACCCCAUCACCGGUCUGCGCUGCCGCUGCCCUCAGGGCUUCACUGGGGAUUAUUGUGAAACCGAGAUAAAUCUCUGCUACUCCAGCCCGUGUCAAAAUGGAGGAAUGUGCGUCAGAACGGAAGGCGGGUACACCUGUAUCUGCAAAGAACGUUUUACAGGUGACAACUGUGAAGUGGACAGCGGCUCGGGACGGUGUGUGCCCGGGGUCUGCAGGAAUGGGGGGACUUGCACCAAUCUGGCGGAAGGAGGCUUCACCUGUCAGUGCCCAUCUGGAAGCUUCGAAAAGCCGUACUGUGAGCUGUCCACGCGUUCCUUCCCUCCGAAGUCGUUUGUCAUGUUCCGGGGUCUGCGGCAGAGAUUUCACAUGAGUCUGUCACUAACGUUUGCCACCAAAGAGAGGAGCGGCCUCCUGCUUUACAACGGGCGACUGAAUGAAAAGCAUGACUUCAUUGCGGUGGAGAUCCACGACGGGCAAGUGCAGCUGAAAUAUUCCACAGGUGAAUCCAGCACUCUGGUGACCCCUUUUGUCCCCGGGGGAGUGAGCGACGGCAAGUGGCACACCGUCCAGCUUCGCUACUACAACAAGCCAAAAACUGGAUCCUCAGGGGUGGCACAGGGGCCAUCGAAAGAGAAGGUGGCUGUGUUGGCAGUUGAUGACUGCGACGUUUCGGUAGCUCUGAGGUUCAGCAAUGAGAUUGGGAAUUAUACAUGCGCAGCUGAAGGGGUGCAGUCCAGCUCCAAAAAAUCUUUGGACCUGACCGGCCCUCUGCUGCUCGGCGGAGUCCCCAAUCUUCCUGAGAACUUCCCGGUCACACACAGGGAGUUCAUCGGCUGCAUGAAAGAUUUGUAUAUUGACAGCAGGAAGAUUGACCUGGCUUCUUACAUCGCAAACAACGGAACGAAUGCAGGAUGUAACGCCAAGCAAUCCUAUUGUGACUCUAACCCUUGUAAGAAUGGGGGGACCUGUUCACUGAUCUGGGGGACCUUUACCUGUGAUUGUCCCUUGGGGUUUGGAGGCAAGGACUGCAAGAUCGCAAUGCACCAUCCCUUUCAUUUUAAUAGUAGCGGGGUCCUAUCCUGGGACUUUAAGAAUGAGGUGAAGAUUUCCAUUCCUUGGUUCCUGGGGCUGGCGUUCAGGACUCGAAACUCAGACGGGGUGUUGCUGCAAGCGCAUGCGGGACAGUAUACCACCAUCAUGUGCCAGCUGGUCUCUGGCCUGAUCUCCUUCUCGGUCAGCCGUGGCUCCAGCAAAACCUCCACCCUUCUUCUUGACCAGAUGCAGGUAAAUGACGGGCGGUGGCAUGACCUCCAGAUGGAGCUUCGCGACGUCCGCAGUGGGCGUGACACACGUUACGUCGUCACCAUCAUCUUGGAUUAUGGCUUCUAUCAGGACACAGUCAGUGUUGGUAAUGAGCUGCAUGGAUUGAGGGUGAAGCACCUCUACGUUGGAGGCAUUAUGGGAGCCAAGGAGGUGCAGAACGGACUAGAGGGCUGUAUACAGGGCCUCCGACUAGGAGAGACAUCGAGUGGGAUCACUUUGCCGAAACCCAGCAUCAUCCUGAAUGUUAAAACCGGCUGCAGCGUUCAGAGUGCGUGCGAUCCCAACCCAUGUCUGGGGAACAGCUCGUGCCUGGACACGUGGCUGGGACAUACUUGUGUCUGCAACCCAGGUUAUUUUGGGGAGAAUUGUGUGGACAUUUGCCAGCUGAAUCCAUGUGAGAAUAAGGGGCUGUGCCGUCAUCAUUUAAACUCCCCCCUGGGUUAUACCUGUGAGUGUACGGGGAGCCACUAUGGAAGAUACUGCGAGCACAGAAUGGAUCACCAUUGUCCCAAAGGAUGGUGGGGGAAUCGAACCUGCGGACCGUGCAACUGUGACGUAAACAAGGGCUUCGAUCCAAACUGCAAUAAAACAAAUGGACACUGUCAUUGCAAGGAGUUUCAUUACCGCCCCAAGGGAAGCGACACCUGCCUGCCUUGUGACUGUUACCCUAUUGGCUCCUCCUCAAGGUCAUGUGAUCUAGAUACCGGACAGUGUUUCUGCCGUCCUGGAGUGAUCGGACGCCAGUGCAACAGCUGUGACAAUCCAUUUGCUGAGGUCUCUCCAAGUGGCUGUGAAGUGAUAUACGACGGCUGUCCCAAAACACUGACAUCGGGGGUUUGGUGGCCAAGGACAAAAUCCCGACUCCCUGCUGCCGUCCCCUGUCCAAAGGGAUCCUUGGGGUCUGCGAUCCGCCACUGCGAUGACAUUAAGGGCUGGAUGGAACCGGAUCUGUUUAACUGCACUUCUCCAGCAUUUAUGGAACUCUCAGCACUGCUGGAGAGCUUGGAGAGGAACGAGACUGAGCUUAACACCAUUGAGGCCAAGAAGCUGUCCCUGCGUCUUCGCUCUGUGACCGAUCACAUGGAGCAGUACUUUGGAAAUGAUGUUCACAUUACGUACCGCCUGCUGUCACACCUCAUGCAGUUCGAGAAUAGACAAGAAGGAUUCGGACUAACUGCUACUCAAGACGCCCAGUUCACUGAGAAUCUACUCAGGUCGGGGAGCUCCGUUCUCAUGCUUUCUAAUAGGGAGCACUGGGAGACCCUACUGCACACUGACCGAGGCAGCGCUGGGCUCAUGGAGCUGUUUCGAGAGUACACUGGCACUCUGGCCCGCAACAUGAAACUCACCUACCUGAACCCUGUUGGACUGGUGACUCCAAAUAUUGUUGUAAAUAUUGAACGUGUGGACAACCAGAUCCCUCCCAGAAGGCACUUCCCCAGAUAUCACAGCAGCCUGUUCCGGGGACAGACGCCAUGGGAUCCCCAUACUCAUGUGGUGCUGCCCGCUUCUGCCCUAAAGACACCUAAAGUGGAAGCUCCCCCUACGGUUCUACCAACUCCAGCCUACUCUGAGAAUAACCUAACGACUGCUGUUCCCCCGCCAAAGAGAGCGAUCCCUGAUCCAGAGCCUGCCGCUACCAUCCUUGUCCUGCUAGUCUACCGAACCCUCGGGGACCUGCUUCCAGCCAGAUACAGCACCGACAAGAGGAACCUCAGGCUUCCUAAAAAUCCAGUGAUGAAUUCACCCAUCAUAAGCGUGGCCAUACUCAGAGACCAGACCUUUAUCCACGGGGACCUGGAGGCACCGCUAAUAUUAGAUUUCCAGCUGUUGGAAACCGUGAACAGAAGCAAGCCCGUCUGCGUACAGUGGAACCAGUCCAGCCAACUGGACCCCCCAGGGAGCUGGGCAGUGAAGGACUGCGAGAUGGUCUUCCGGAACACCACGCACGUACGGUGCCAAUGCUCUCAGUUUGGAAGUUUUGGUGUCCUCAUGGAUGGAUCACACCGAGAGCAGCUGGAGGGAGAUCUGGAGACUCUGGCCAUCGUCACCUACACGUGUCUGACCAUCUCGCUGGUGGCUCUUCUGACAACAUUUGCAAUCCUGACGUCUCUUAAGGGACUGAAAACCAACACCCGGGGGAUCCAUUCCAACAUCGCCAUGGCACUUUUCUUCUCCGAACUGGUCUUUCUGCUGGGCAUCAACAGCACAGAAAGCGAGUUUCUCUGCACCGUCAUCGCCAUCCUGCUGCAUUAUUUUUUCCUGUCCACCUUCUCCUGGCUGUUUGUUGACGAGCUUCACAUCUACCGCAUGCAGACCGAAGUAAGGAACAUAAACUUUGGUGCCAUGAGAUUUUACCACGCCAUUGGUUGGGGUGUCCCCGCCAUAAUCACAGGCUUGGCGGUGGGACUGGACCCGGAAGGUUAUGGAAAUCCAGACUUCUGUUGGAUCUCGAUUUAUGAUAAACUGGUGUGGAGUUUUGCUGGACCCAUCGCCAUAGUGAUUGUGCUGAAUGGCGCCAUGUUUCUUAUGGUUGCCAAACUCACCUGCGCGCCCGGACAGAAGGAGGCCAAGAAGACUUCUGUCCUCAUGACUUUGCGAAGUUCCUUCAUUCUCCUCCUGUUAAUCAGCACUACCUGGCUUUUCGGUCUGCUGGCUGUUAAUAACAGCAUUUUGGCCUUUCACUACCUCUAUGUUCUCCUCUGCAGCCUGCAGGGUGUGGCCAUGCUGGUUAUCUUCUGUGUCCUCAAUGAGGAAUUCCAGGAAGUGUGGAAGGUUGUAUGUUUCGGCAAGAAAGGGUCGGGAGAGGAGGCGGCGAGACAAGCUCCAAUGGGGGGUCCAAAUGCCUACAAUAACACUGCAUUGUUUGAGGAGAGCGGUUUAAUCCGGAUCACUUUAGGAGCUUCCACUGUGUCUUCUGUCAGCAGUGUCCGCACAGCGCGCACCCACUCCAGCCACAGGCCAUAUCUAAGGGAAAACAUUGCCGCUCGCAAGGGAUCAGCCAAGGACCAAAGUUUGCUCAGUCAUCCCACCGGCCCUACCGACCUAGAUGUAGCCAUGUUUCAUCGAGACGCAGGAGGAGGGCAAGAUUCAGACUCAGACAGUGACCUGUCACUGGAUGAGGAUCGCAGCCUGUCCAUCCCCUCGUCAGAGAGUGAAGAAAAUGUCCGCCCUCGUGGCAGGUUUCAGCGUCAGUUUAAAAGAGCGGCUCACAGCGAGAGGCUACUCACCAACCCAUCUAGUCACAGCCCGAAAGACAUGGACGGCAAUGAUUUGAUGUCUUACUGGCCAGCUCUGGGUGACACAGAGGCCAACUCACUGCAGAAAUGGGGCUCUGAAAGAAAACUGGGCCUUGAUAUCAGCAAGGAUGCGGCUAACAAUAACCAACCGGACCUGACCAGUGGCGACGAACAUUCUCUGACGUCUCAAAGACAGAGAAAAGGCAUCCUAAAGAACCGUCUUCAGUACCCGCCGGGCUUGGGUAGGAUGACUAAUGAAUUAUCCUGGUAUAAAACCUCCACUUUGGGCCACCGGGCAGUCCCUGCUGCCUCCUAUGGCAGAAUGCAUUCUGGGGCUGGCAGCCUUUCUCAACCCACCAGCAGAUAUUCUUCUCGAGAACAGCUGGACAUGCUGAUGCGAAAGCAGCUUUCUAAAGAGCACCUAAGCAGGAAUAAUUCACGGGAGCUUCUGGAAGCUGUACCAAGUAGACACGGCUCCAGGGACCAGCUAGAUACUAUACCAAGCAGGCACGGCUCAAGAGAGCACCUGGAAAUGAUCCCAAGUCGACAUGGUUCAAGGGAACACUUGGAAAGUAUACCAAGUCGGCAUGGGUCAAGGGAACAUUUAGAGCAAUCUGACUUAAGAAACGAAAGGCUGGACAUCAAUUUGGUGCCAAGGAGGCACGCUUCUAGGGAACAUCUAGAAGCGUUACACAACAUAUAUGGGUCAAGAGAGCAGCUUGACCCCGGGCCGGUAAGAGAGCUGUCAAGAGAGUGGGUAAAUACACUGCCAAGUCGGCAAGUACCUAAAGAGCGAAUGGACUCUAUACUUAACCGACAGACUUCUAGGGAACAAUUAGAUGUCUUGUCUAGGAGACAGCCUUCAAGAGACCAGCUAGCUUCAUCUAGGCAACCUUCAAGGGAGCAAUUAGACUUUUUAUCCAGAAGAUCAAAUUCCAGAGAACAUCUGGACACAGUGCCUAGUACUCAAACCUUAAACGAUAACGUAGACCCUCUUUCCAGAAGGCAACUCUCUAGAGAUAAUUUGGAGACUCUUUCCAAAAGGCUUCCGUCUAGGGACAAUCUUCAACCCCUUUCUAGAAGACAGCCUUCCAGAGAAAACCUAGACACUGUUCCCAGUCGCCAUCCGUCUACCGAACAGCUAGAUAUUCUCUCAUCAAUCCUUGCCUCAUUUAACACAUCGGUCCUUUCCUCAACGAAUCCCACCCAACAGGCAGCCAACCCUCCCGUACAAAACUCCUCAACUCCAUCCAUGCUGUGCUCCUCCACACCUCAUUCUGCAACGUCACACAGCAUCUCCGAGAUGUCUGCAGAUUCUGAGUUAGUGAGAAAUGACGGUCAUUCCUGAAAGCCCAACCCGGGAGAGCAACAGAAAGGAAGAUACGGCGGACGGCUGCAUUUGCAAGCACGCGGUUUACACAUUUGCUAGCAAAGGUUUGUAGUCCACCGGGCCGGCCUGAGAGACGUGACCGAGCAGAAGUAGGUCAGAAAUCUCAGGUAACCAAUUAGCAACAGCACGGAGCCUCUGUGACAUCGAUGGUGGAAUAAA